AUGGAAAAUCCUAAUCAAAACACUCAGGAACAACAAAUUACCCCUUGGAAGGUUGAAGGAGCUGUGAUCGAUGGUAAAGCUCAAGCGAUUGACUAUGAUAAGCUAAUCGAGAAUUUUGGAACUCAACAUAUCAACGAGGAACUCUUAAAAAGAUUUGAAAGUUUAACUGGAAGAAAAUGUCAUGUAUUUCUCAGAAGAGGGGUCUUUUUUUCGCAUAGAGAGCUUACACGCAUUUUGGACCUUUACGAACAAAAGAAACCGUUUUUCCUCUAUACAGGACGUGGCCCAAGUAGCGCAAGCAUGCAUCUUGGGCACAUGGUCCCGUGGUUACAAGAAGUUUUUGAUGUGCCAAUUGUCAUUCAAAUGACUGAUGAUGAAAAAUUCCUUUUCAAGUCUGACCUGACAUUAGAGAAGGCACGCCAAUAUUCAUAUGACAACGCAAAAGAUAUUAUCGCGUGUGGCUUUAAGUUAGAAAAGACUUUUCUCUUUUCCGAUCUUGACUAUGUUAGUGGUGCAUUUUAUCACAACAUUGUGAGAAUCUCAAGGUGCAUCACUACUAGUCAAUCUAAGGCUACUUUUGGUUUUGGUGACAGUGAUUGCAUCGGAAAACUACAUUUUGUCGCUGUACAAGCAGCACCAUCAUUUUCAAAUAGCUUUCCACAAAUAUUUGGCACACGUUCUGACAUACCUUGUUUAAUCCCAUGUGCUAUUGACCAAGAUCCAUAUUUCCGGCUGACACGUGACGUUGCACAUAAACUCAAGUAUCCAAAACCCUGUCUAAUUCAUGCUAAAUUCUUUCCCGCACUUCAGGGUCCUCAAACAAAAAUGAGUGCAUCUGUAGAAAAUUCGGCGAUAUUUAUGACAGAUACAUCUAACCAAAUAAAAAAGAAGAUCAACAAAUUUGCUUUCUCGGGUGGUGGUGAUACACUUGAACUCCACAAAUUACACGGAGGAAAUCCGGACGUUGAUGUCGCAUAUCAAUAUUUGGCGGUGUUUUUAGACGAUGAUAUCGAAUUGGCCGAUAUUUAUAAGAAAUAUAAGGCUGGAGAAAUGAUGACAGGAGAAUUAAAAGCUCGUUGUAUUGAAGUUAUACAAAAAUUUGUCGGAGACUUUCAGCAGCGCAAAUCCGAAAUAACUGAAGAAAUUUUAAAGGCAUUUAUGGAUCCCAAUAGGAAAAUUCCGGUGGAAGGAAUAAAAACAGUUGAUAUUGCAGUAUUGAGUCAAUUAUGCAUACACUUAUUUUCUAGAACUCAUGAAGAUGCAUUGUCUUACAUUCCACCUCGCAUUACCUACUCUCAUGGAACUUUCUCAAAAAAUACUACGAAAGUAGGUGAUAAAUUACCGAAAAAGGUGUUAUUAUGGAAAGAGUUCUUCGAUACGGUGAAAGCGCAUUAUUUUGAUAAUAAAAACUCAAGAUUCGAAGUACCACAAUUCACUGGAAAAUUUAAGGUAACAAAUGAGGAAAUCGUUCAUCAAGCCAUAAAUGUGAACUUAUGCCGAAUUAUGAGUACUCAAUGCGAAAAACUGUUGGUGAUGCGGUUUAGUUUUGAGAAGAAUUGUGCUUUGUAUUCAUUCACGUCUUAUCAGUUUAGGUGGCUUUUAAAAAAAGGGUUUCAGCGUGAUAACACUGAAACAUUUGACGAUGGUAAUAGAAAUAAAAAGGGUACCGAAACGGCUGGUACGGAAUUUACUGGCCCCAACAAUGAAAAGAUCAAAUUUGGCAAAGCCAAACACUACAAAAGUGGCGAUUUCGUCGAGUAUAUUACAUCACAGACACCCGAUCUACUAACAUCGGUCAUCGAACGUGUCACCCAGUUGGAGGAACGCGUACAUAUUUUAAGCGAUUUAAAACCUGAACAAUCACUACCGGAUGCUUAUAAUACAAAUUCCAGAGCAAAGGCCAACCAGUUGCAAUAUGGUAUUUUGUCAACGUAUGAUGAACAUUGGUUUGUUAGAAGAGACUACCAAGAUCUUUACAUCACGGAACCUCUACUAUUAGGAUCAACAUCACCAACAGUACUCAAGGCAUAUGCGGUUUUUACUCAACUUGCUAAAGACGGGUUCUUUUCAUUACAUCCAAAUAUAAUCUAA